AUGUCUCCUCAAGGCGACCGAGGAGGCAUCCCCUGGAUGCGCUUCUUCCAGGAGGUGGGGAUGAUGAUUGCUACGGGCGUUGUGGCAUACGGUGGAGUCAGACUUGUCCUCAAUCAUCUCAUGCCUCCCGAUGCCGAGAGCCAGAAAAAGGAAGAGCAACGGCAGAAAUCCCAGGCUAUUCUGAGGAGAUUAUACGGCGGCGAGGAAUCAAAGGACGGAGCCACCAAGAGCGAGCUCGUCCUCAAUCAAUACGAGCAAGUCAUUGCCCAAGAGCUCAUCGACCCAAGAGACAUUAAUGUUCGCUGGGCGGAUAUCGCCGGUCUUGAUGAUACUCUACAACAACUCAAAUGGUCUGUGAUCUGGCCGUUGAUCUACCCGAAACUGUUUGCCUCAGCAGACUCAACGCUUGGGGGCGCUCCGUCUGGCGCCCUCUUGAAGGGUCCUCCUGGCUGCGGAAAGACUACAAUCGCAAAGGCGCUGGCCGCAGAAAGCGGUGCUUCAUUCAUCAACUUGAAUAUCUCCACCCUGACCGAGAAAUGGUACGGUGACUCGAACAAGCUUGUCAAGGCAGUCUUUACUCUCGCACGCAAGGUUCAACCUUGCAUCGUGUUCAUUGAUGAGAUUGAUGCUAUUCUUGGUAACAGAAUGAGCGGCGGUGAACACGAGGCGAGCGGUAUGGUGAAGGCCGAAUUCAUGACACACUGGCAGGGGUUGGACUCGUCCAAUGAAGCCGGCGAGCCGCAACGCAUUGUCGUCCUUGGUGCCACCAACCGCCCGUAUGUUAUGGAUGCUGCUAUGCACCGUCGUAUGCCCAAGCAAUUCGAGAUCUCUCUUCCAGAUGCCAAAGGUCGAUACAAGCUGUUCAAGCUCUUCCUCAAGGGUCGCCGAGUCGACUGGGAGGAUCUGGAGCUUGAGGAAGAUGAAGAAGAGCUGGCCCAGAUGACAGAGAGAGAUGUUAUGAUGAAACGAUUGAUUCGAAAAACGCAAGGGUGCUCUGGCAGUUUCAUCAAAGAAGCUUGCCGCUCAGCUAUUCAUGAUUGCACAUGCGAGGGUAUCGAGGAGAUGCAACGCAAAGGCGUUAAUAUGCAUGAAAUGAGCUCAACCCAUGUCCAGCGCCCGCUCCGCCUGGUCGACUUUGCUCCCAAGCAGUCGAAAGACUCCAUGGACAGCAAAAGCUGCAAGAUUGACGGGCUCUUUGACCCAGAGCCCGCUCCGCGGUCAAGAGCGACCAGUCGGUCCGGCGAGGAUGAAAGAGAGUGGCGCACCGAGUCUGAGACCCCCGAGACCUAUUCCGCAAGGGCUGAGUCCCCAGAGUGA